CCUGUCAAAACACACACUACACAUACUGAAAGACACGGACAGGUGUUGAAGAGUGGGUUGGAAGCAGAAAUCAGCGCGGGGGAAAUCAUGAAGACAGUGUGUGUAACUGGAGCAUCAGGUUAUAUUGCUUCAUGGCUUGUCAAGUUCUUGCUCCAGCGGGGUUACACUGUCAAAGCAUGCGUUCGCGACCUCAAUGAUCCAAAGAAGACGGAGCACUUACUCGCGCUCGAUGGGGCCAAGGAGAGGCUUCAGUUGAUAAAGGCAAAUCUACUGGACGAAGGUUCUUUUGAUGCUGCAGUUGACGGCUGUGAUGGUGUAUUUCACACCGCGUCUCCCUUUCAUGAUCCAGGCGACAAUCCACAGGCAGAACUGAUUGAUCCUGCACUAAAAGGGACACUUAAUGUUCUUGGAUCAUGUGCUAAAUCGCCAUCCGUCAAAAGGGUUGUCUUGACAGCAUCUGUCGGUUCAGUUUAUGUUAAUGAAAGGACUCUAUCACCUGAAGUGGUAAUUGAUGAGACAUGGUGGUCUGAUUUGGAUUUCUGCAGACGAACUCAGCAAUGGUAUUCCCUCUCAAAGACAUUGGCCGAGCAAGCUGCCUGGAAGUUUGCCAAAGAGAAAGGAAUCGACUUGAUCGUCAUAAAUCCGUCCCUGGUUAUCGGUCCAAUAUUGCAGCCGACGCUUAACACUAGUUCUGCCGUCAUCUUGAGCAUGCUAAAUGGUGCGGAAACAUAUUUGAACAGGACCUACGGAGUUGUGAAUGUCAAAGAUGUCGCCAACGCACAUAUACUGGCGUUUGAGAAUCCAUCAGCUAACGGAAGAUACAUCUUGGCUGAAAGCGUCGCGCACUUCUCACGUCUCGUGGAAAUAUUGCGUGAAUUGUACCCAACUCUUCCUAUUCCUGAAAAGUGUGAAGACGACAAGUUCGCGCCGAUGCACCAGCUCUCGAGAGAAAAAGCAGAAAGUAUAGGUGUUGAAUUCAUUAGUCUCAGGGAAAGCCUGAAGGAAACUGUUGAAAGUUUGAUUGAGAAGAAGUUCUUGCCAGCUCCUUCAGCUAUCUGAGUGUCCCAAUGGUGUGUGUUUCUGUAAUUUGAGGGACAGGGAACUUCAUCUGCUUAGAUUCUAUAUUUGGGACAUGUUUUCCAUCUGUUUGCUCUUCUGAUUAUGAGAAAAUUAAAUAAAUUACAAAUUUA